CGCAUGAACUCCAUGAAACAACAGUUGCAGUGUCACCCGACCGAGCCUGGCUGUACCGGGUGCUUUGGGCGCUCACGCACUGCGCGCCAGCGAGAGUCGCGCAGGGGAAAACAGAGUAUGACAAGCUGGUGCAGAAAACGGGUGGUCUGCCUUCGCCGGAUGCGUACCGGUACGCCAAACUCGGGGCAGAAGUGGUGGACGACGAGGACGAGGACGAUGAUGAUGCGCGUUUUCCUGACAAGGAGUUGAACAGAUCCAAAUCAUUUUCAGCGUCAUCCGGAGGAGCAAAUAGAGCAAUGACAGCAUUCAAUAUCGCUGGUGGUCCAGCACUUGAUGUUCCUCCCACAGAAAUAACAUCAAAAGAAGACCGCGCGAACAUCAAGCACCACAACCACAAGCCACGUCUGAAGUUCAAAGUAGCUCCCCGAUUUUGGACCUUUCAAUCAGAACCGCUUCCGCACUUUCACAGCAGGCUGGUGUUCGAGCUAGCAAGGGCUGACGCGGUGAAGCAGGCAAAGCUGAAAAUGGAGAGAAGUAGUAGAAGCUGCCAACCGGGGAGCUGCAAACGAGGUGGAGUAAAAGGGGGUCUUUCCGAUAGUUCGCGAGCACGUACUUCUAAAAGAAGAAGCCACGACGGGCAAGACGAAGACGACGAUGUAGAAAAAAACGAGCCAUUCCUGGUCAACACCCUGAAAGACGCGGUGCGGGGGAUAAAGCUGAGGCCCGCACAAUCGUCGACGUUCGUGGGCCCGCUGUGGAUUAACUCUGCACAGCGCCAGGGUGAAUCUCAGGAGCCAGCACAGGUAGAAAAGUUUAUCACUGCAGCCCUGCAGAACGACAUUUCCUCUCGCCCCGAACAGGAUCCGCGCCGCAUGCAGCUGAAGAAAGCGCUGCAAAACAUUCGGAACUUCUACGAGUCGGAUUUUGGUGUGCCACGAGAAUUUUUACAGCCAACAGGAGGCCAACGCGACGCGGAGCAAGCAUCUGCUACUUCAGCUCCACAAAAAACGAAGAAAGAAAAAGACUUUGAGAUCAACAUGACUAUCGACGCCAACUGCGUGAAAAAGCGGCUUGCCUGGUGGGAUCGCUUACGCACGUUGGACGACGA